AUGGGCACAGUCAUUAUCACAGGUGCAACUGGCUCCCUCGCGCUUGAAGCAGUGCAACAACUUCUAUGGUUGCAUCCCUCGUUGACCAUUGUUGGCACUGUCCGAAAUGCGAAGAAAUCCCCCAAAAGUGCUCAGUUACUUCGACUGGAAGAGAUUGCACAGCGAUAUUGUUCCGGGAGGUUCCUGAUCAAAAGUGUCGAUUUGAAUUCUAUUUGGGAGGUACGAGCUUUCUCAAACGAAAUUGCUAGCCUCGUGGAAUCUAGCGAGCUUCCACCCAUUUCCGCCAUCAUUUGCAAUGCGUUCACAUGGUCACUAGAUGGUCAGCAAUUUUCCAAGGAUCAGUUAGAAUCUACAUUCCAAGUCAAUCAGCUGUCGCACUUUUUACUGGUGCUCAAACUUCUGCGGAGCAUGGAUCCCGAGGGGGGUCGAGUGGUCAUGCUUAGCUCGGAAGUUCACGAUCCUGAACACUCUAACGCUCUUUCCAAACUUGGUGCAACCCUUCCCUCUAAAGAUGGCCUUGGUGCAUUGGUCUAUCCUGGCGCAGAUGAGGUUGGAACAGAACAUGACAUGGGCUGGCAACGAUACGCAAACAGCAAGCUAGCCAAUGUGAUGUUUAUGCAGAGUUUGAACCAAAGACUGGAACAGAAUCCAGAACUGAGCAAGAUCACCGUGACUGCUAUGGACCCAGGCGGUCUUGUGAACUCCCGGGCCCAUCUCGCCCAGCGUUCAACUACUCGCGUUUUGUUUAGGCUCCUUGCGCUUUUGCUUCCAGUGCUUAAGCUUUUUACCUACCGACUUCGAUCAAAUUUAGACUCGGCCCGAGAUGUCCUAGCACUGGCUUUGGCCCCUGAGUACGCAUCAUUGAGGGGCUAUUUCAACGGAAGAAACCCUCAACCCCCUGCCCGUGUGACUGAAGACGAGGCAAAACGCGAGGCUAUGUGGGAGGCUUGUUGGAAUUGGGUUGAUGUGAAAGAAGGCGAGACAUGUGUUCCUAAGAGACUUUCCUGA